AUGUUCAUAUCUAUCUAUGUUCAUAUCUAUCUAUGUUCAUUAAUAUCUAUCUAUCUAUCUAUGUUCAUUAAUAUCUAUCUAUCUAUCUAUCUAUGUUCAUUAAUAUCUAUCUAUCUAUCUAUCUUCAUUAAUAUCUAUCUAUCUAUCUAUCUAUCUUCAUUAAUAUCUAUCUAUCUAUCUAUCUAUCUAUCUAUCUCAUAUAUGGCAAACAGGGCAAUCCGUCUCUCAGGCCGUUCCUUCCUCAGGCUUCGGGCAGGGGGGAUGUUGUGGCAGUGCUAUCAUGAAAAGGGUUGCUUCGUCGCCCAGGUGGCUGCCGAAUUCAAGCACUGUCUCAUUCCAUAUGGCCUGGGCCGACUACGUGUAGAAUUCUAUGACAAUCUGUUCAUAUUUAUCACAAUAUGUUCAUGUUUAUCUACCGGUCUAUCUGAAUAUGUUCAUAACUAUCGAUUUCAAUAUGUUCAUAUCUAUCUAUCUAUCUAUGUUCAUAUCUAUCUAUCUAUCUAUCUAUCUAUCUAUGUUCAUAUCUAUCUAUCUAUCUAUCUAUCUAUCUAUCUAUGUUCAUAUCUAUCUAUCUAUCUAUCUAUCUAUCUAUCUAUCUAUCUAUCUAUCUCAAUAUGUUCAUAUCUAUCUAUUUCAGUAUGUUCAUAUCUAUCUAUCUCAAUAUGUUCAUAUCUAUCUAUCUCAAUAUGUACAUAUCUAUCUAUCUAUCUCAAUAUGUUCAUAUCUAUCUAUCUAUCUCAAUAUGUACAUAUCUAUCUAUCUCAAUAUGUACAUAUCUAUCUAUCUAUCUCAAUAUGUUCAUAUCUAUCUAUCUAUCUCAAUAUGUUCAUAUCUAUCUAUCUAUCUCAAUAUGUUCAUAUCUAUCUAUCUAUCUAUCUAUCUAUCUCAAUAUGUUCAUAUCUAUCUAUCUCAAUAUGUUCAUUUCUAUCUAUCUAUCUAAAUAUGUUCAUAUCUAUGUAUCUAUCUAUCUCAAUAUGUUCAUAUCUAUCUAUCUAUCUCAAUAUGUUCAUAUCUAUCUAUCUAUCUCUCUAUCUAUCUCAAUAUGUUCAUAUUUAUCUAUCUAUCUAUCUAUCUAUCUAUCGAUCUAUCUAUCUCAAUAUGUUCAUAUCUAUCUAUUUAUCUCAAUAUGUUCAUAUCUAUCUAUCUCAAUAUGUUCAUAUCUAUCUAUCUAUCUAUCUCAAUAUGUUCAUAUCUAUCUAUCUCAAUAUGUUCAUAUCUAUCUAUCUCAAUAUGUUCAUAUCUAUCUAUCUAUCUAUCUAUCUCAAUAUGUUCAUAUCUAUCUAUCUAUCUCAAUAUGUUCAUAUCUAUCUAUCUAUCUCAAUAUGUUCAUAUCUAUCUAUCUCAAUAUGUUCAUAUCUAUCUAUCUCAAUAUGUUCAUAUCUAUCUAUUUCAGUAUGUUCAUAUCUAUCUAUCUCAAUAUGUUCAUAUCUAUCUAUCUAUCUCAAUAUGUACAUAUCUAUCUAUCUCAAUCUGUACAUAUCUAUCUAUCUCAAUAUGUUCAUAUCUAUCUAUCUAUCUCAAUAUGUUCAUAUCUAUCUAUCUAUCUCAAUAUGUUCAUAUCUAUCUAUCUAUCUAUCUAUCUCAAUAUGUUCAUAUCUAUCUAUCUCAAUAUGUUCAUUUCUAUCUAUCUAUCUAAAUAUGUUCAUAUCUAUGUAUCUAUCUAUCUCAAUAUGUUCAUAUCUAUCUAUCUCAAUAUGUUCAUAUCUAUCUAUCUAUCUCUCUAUCUAUCUCAAUAUGUUCAUAUUUAUCUAUCUAUCUAUCUAUCUAUCGAUCUAUCUAUCUCAAUAUGUUCAUAUCUAUCUAUUUAUCUCAAUAUGUUCAUAUCUAUCUAUCUCAAUAUGUUCAUAUCUAUCUAUCUAUCUAUCUAUCUCAAUAUGUUCAUGUCUAUCUAUCUAUCUCAAUAUGUUCAUAUCUAUCUAUCUAUCUAUCUAUCUCAAUAUGUUCAUGUCUAUCUAUCUAUCUCAAUAUGUUCAUAUCUAUCUAUCUCAAUAUGUUCAUAUCUAUCUAUCUCAAUAUGUUCAUAUCUAUCUAUCUAUCUAUCUAUCUCAAUAUGUUCAUAUCUAUCUAUCUAUUUAA